GAUGGAAAGUGCAGGAAAACGUGCUCAGUGACAGUCAUACAAGCAUGCACGUAGCUCAGCGCCGACCAGCUUCAGCAGCAGACAUGUAAAAAGAUGGAUUAGAAAAUAAUGUCCCUCGCCUAUCAUCACCAUCAUCACCACUACCAUGUUCCCGGGAGUUUUCUAUGCACUGCUGGCGGGUUUCCUCGGGGCCGUGGCGUCGUCCUCGGCCAAACUGUCGCUGGGAGCCGACUACCUGAAGGGUGUCUGUGAAACCGGACUCCGGACAUGGGGAGAACAGCGGAAAUUCAGACAGGCGGACGAAACUACCGCCUGUGACCGGCUUCAUAUCCCUCUGAGGCUGCUGUGUGGCGGCCUGCUUUUCACCUGCAAUGCUGUGAUGUGGACCUUCCUUGCCAAAGCACUCAGGUAUUCCUCGUCCUCCACCCGAACCACUGUGACCACCACUGCCUCCAACUUCAUAUCUUCCGCUUUCCUGGGCCAGCUGAUCUUUGGGGAAGCCCAGAUAACAUUGUGGUGGGUUGGGAUCUCUCUGACCUUCUCUGGUUUGUUGGUACUGCAGAGGGUUUCGCCACAGGAUGGACAACAGAACACGGUUGCCAAAAAAGAUGAAUAAUGUGACCUGUCUCUACCAGCUGGCUGUGGCUUGUGGUCUGUUUUGGCAGACAUCUUCUCUGACUUCAGAGCCAAAGAGCAGUAAAAUCUGAAACAGCAGUUGAAUUUAAAGUGUUUUCUUCUUUAAUCUGAGCACACCUGGAAAAGUUAUUAUUCCACUUGUUAAAGAGCAAGUAGAAAUAGUUGUUUUCUUCCAGUCAUAUAACAAAAUUCAGUUUCACCUGUUUAGCCUAAAGUGAAAUUAUUAAUCAACAUACUUAAAAAAAGAUUGCUUUAUUGAAAUCAAUAUCUGUUUUACAGGUUGCUGUUUGUAGCCCUGCAGGAUGUAAAACCCUGCUGGUUCAGCUGUGGUGCAGCCUUGUUUAGCCCUUUCCUAAAAUCAGAGGAGAUGUUGGCUUUCAGACAGUCAAACCAGAGCACAUCCAAAGUCUGGCUAGUAGAGACAAAAUAAUGGAUGGCUAAGUCUGAAAUCAUCUCUGUCCACAAAGAAGAAGCAAAAAUUAUACUAGCUUUACAUUACUUUUUGGAAAGUCAACAAUAGCACAACAGCUUCUGAGCUAAUGGAAAAUAUAAAAAGGAAGAUAAAUAAAAAGGUUGUUAGAUAUUUUGGGAAAUGCAUCUGUUUGAUUACUUUUUGAGAGUUACAUGAGAAGAUUGAUACCACUAACAUGUCUUUAGAGACAUACUUUAUGAAGCCUCAUCUGGCAUAAUUUAGCCUGACUGGAAAUCAAAGGGUAGCUGGCCUGGCUCAGUGUCAAGAUAACCAAAUCUCUGUUUGUGUAAUAUAUUCAUAAACAGAACUGCAAAAAUGACAUUUAUUGUCUUUGUAGGUCAAUAUGUGUGAAACGACUUUCUAACUAAGGGUAGUGACUUCCUUCCUGAUAAAGGGAGUCAUUAAAACCAAGGUGUUGAUUUUACUCUUUGGUUUUUGACACAGAACACAAGCUGGAAGUUACUAGAUUAUUAGGGGAAAAGUGAUUGGAGACCAUAAAUGACCAAAAUUAUUUUAACUGUGCUAUAAACCUGCGAUCUUGUUGCCAUUGAAACAGUUGCUUCAAAGACGGAACUGAGUCUGUGAUCAUUCGCAGUUGCUGUCUUCAGGCAAUAAGAGCAACUCUGCUAUCAGUUAGCUAUUGAAUGGGUCCAAAUUGGCAACUACAUGCGACCUGUUGUGGUAAUUCCAACGAUUAAAUAAAUUGGUGAAAAUUUGCAAAUCUGUUGCCAUCUGCAUAUACAGAAAAAUCACAUUAACUACUUGCACUCAGAGUCCAACCAGAAUCUUGUAGAUUUGAAAGAGAAGUUCCUCCACAAUUAGUAAUGUAGUUACUAUAGGACAGCAGCAUAACUGU